CAAUCCUCAGUGACUCGUCAUUUUCAUCUUUUAUACAGAUAUCAAGAAUCUCGUUCAUUCCAGAUCUGCUAAGCUGAGAGAGAGAGAUCUAAAUCUGCUAAGCUGCAAACUGCUGCUAUGGCGAGCUCGGAUGCGGGAACAUCACAGGGAAGCGAGUAUCAAGUGUUCCUGAGCUUCAGAGGACCAGACACUCGCAAGGGAUUUACCGACGUCCUCUUCCAUAGCUUGACCGAUGCUGGAAUCUGCGUCUUCCGAGACGAUGAAGAGCUCCGUGUGGGUGAAAGGAUUGAUGGGUCACUUCAGCGAGCAAUCGACAACUCCGAGAUCUACAUACCCAUCUUCUCUCGUAACUACGCUUCGAGCAAAUGGUGCCUCCUCGAGCUCACACGGAGCUUGGCAAACACCUCCCAAUCACAAGAUAAUAAAGAGAUCCUACCUAUUUUUUUCGAUGUGAAAUCUGACGAUGUUAAGUUGAAAACUGCACUGUAUAGAGAUGCCAUCCUAAGUUUGCAGCGCGAGAAGGAGUUGAGCAAUGAGGAAGUGGAUGCAUGGAGAAAGGCUCUCAAGGAGGUUGGUGCGAUAAAGGGGUGGGGGGUGAACAUGUACAAAGGCCACGGCGAACUGAUCAAAUCAGUAACUGAAGAGGUCUUGAAAAAACUGAAGACAAAACAUAGAUUGGUGACCAAAUAUUUAGUUGGAAUUGAUGAUCGAGCGGAAGCAUUAAGCAAAUGGUUAGACGUCAACUUUGACGAUGUGCGGCUCGUUCAAAUUCAUGGCAUGGGAGGUAUUGGUAAAACGACUCUUGCCAAGGUUGUCUUCAAUCAAUUCUGCUCUCAUUUUGGAAAGUGUUGUUGUUUCCUUGAACAUGUUCGAGUGAAGUCAUCAAGAGCAGAUGGCUUAGUUGAGUUGCAAAAAAAGUUAUUGUCCGACAUAGGCCUUCCUACAAGAGCAAGGAGCAUCGAUGAAAUUGAUUAUGGAAUGAGGAGGAUUGGAGAAGUACUUCGCAAUAAGAAAGUCCUCAUUGUACUUGAUGAUGUCGAUAGCAUUGAACAAGUGGAGAAAUUAGUGGGAAUGGGUACUUUGUAUCCAGGAUCUAGAAUAUUGAUUACAACUAGGAAUAAAGGUGUUUUGCAAAUCCAUAGAUCAAAGUGUCGAACUUUAGAUUACGAAAUGGAGGUGAUGAGUACUAAUCAUGCACUUGAGCUCUUCAAGAAGCAUGCAUUUAACGGUGACUCUCCUUCGGAUGAGUACGAUGAUCUUUCAAGGGAAAUCGUAUCUGCUCUUCGGGGACUUCCGUUGGCUCUUGAAGUAAUUGGUUCCUUCCUCUUCCAAAAAAAAACACAAGAACAAUGGGAAAAGACAUUGACGGAGUUGAGAUUAGCACCACAUUCCGAUGUUUUCAAAACGUUGAAGAUCGCCUAUGACGCCUUGACUUUCAGGCAACAACAGAUUUUCCUCGAUAUUGCAUGCUUUUUCACUAGUGAGGAUGUGACGAAUGCAACUUACAUGUGGGAAGAUUGUAAGUUUCUCCCGUAUACUGGAAUAGAGGUCCUCAUUAGCAGGUCUUUGGUAAAGAUUACGGAAAAUAAUAAGUUUUGGAUGCACGAUCAACUCAUAGAUCUUGGAAGAGAAAUUGUUCUUCGAGAAAAUCCAACAAAUCCUGGAGAUCGGAGUAGGAUAUGGAUUGAUGAGGAGGUCCUUGAUGCAAUUAGAACAAAGGAGAUGAAGAGGAACGUUCAAGCCCUGUAUCUUAAUCUAUACAAAAGUUAUCUAGAAGACGUCAUUGAGAGUGAAGAGAUUGGAAGGUUUGAACAUCUAAGGUACCUCAAAUUAAAAUUUGGAACCUUUGUUGGUAAUUUCGCUGAUCGUCUUACCGCAUUAAGAUGGAUUUGUUGGAAUGGUCCUCCUACAACGGCUAAGCCAGUCAAUAUGCACUUAAAGAAUGUGGUCAUUCUUGAACUUUCAGACAAUGAAUUGAUAGAUGAUUCGAACCUACAAAGCUUAAUCAAGAUGGCAAGAAAAAUGAAAGUUCUUUCUCUUAGUUAUAGUCCCAACAUAACUAGAACACCAGACUUCUCCGGAUGCUCGAGCUUAGAGAGGCUUAGUUUUAGAUGGUGUCCCAACUUGAGGAAAAUCGACGGAUGUAUUGGGAAAUUGAAGUGUCUGAUUGACCUGACAAUUUAUGAUUGCAAAAUUGAAGAUUUGCCUGAAGAAAUCGGCGGCCUAGUGAAUCUGCAGCAGUUCUCUGUACACUUUUGUCCGGUGAAGAAACUCCCAGAUUCCAUAUGGAAGUUGAAAGCAUUACGUAAGUUGAUUCUUCGAAGUUUCCCUCAUUUUGCAACAAUUUCAUGGAAUUUACCCGAUGCUAUCGCAAAUCUUCAAAAGCUGGAAGUGCUUCAAGUCAAUAAUCUAUCUUUAGAAGGACAACUUCCUUCUGGAAUCGGAAGCUUGCCCUUUCUAAGAAUACUAAAUCUAUCAGAGACUCGUGUCAGUGAAGUUCCAAAGACCGUUAGCAUGCUUUCUCACCUGGAAAGAUUGGAGUUGAGGGAAUGUGAUGAGAUUCGAGAGUUGCCGGUUCUCCCAACAAGUUUAACCCAUCUGGCAGUGUCAUCUAAGUCGUUGAGGGUAGUCCCGGAUCUCUCAAACUUGACUAACUUGGUUGAGUUGGAUCUAAAUGAUGGGGGAGGAGGAGGAGAGGAACUCAGUAGUGGUGAGCCAUGGUCGAUUGGGAGGUUAUCCAAGCUGAUCAAAUUGAGCUUUGGACUUCACAACGCCCCUGCUUUUGCUGAGCUGGCUUCCCUUCCUCUGCUAAAUGAAGUUAAAUUGUCUGGAUUGGACCUGCAUACCUUGUCGCAACUUCCCUUGUCUCUGAAAAAGCUAUCCCUUGAUAAUUUCAGUUCAAUUGGGUCGCUCUCUCCGAACAUGAGAAAUUUGUCAUAUUUAAUGCUUUUUGAUUCUCCAAUGCUAGAAUUUCAACUCCAUGGGCUUCAACUUCCAAAUGUAACAGAGCUGCAUAUAAGUGAAUGUGGACUCCUCAGGAGAUUCAAGCUAUCAAGCAUGAGGAAGCUGAAAGUUGUUGAGGUGUUCAAAUGUCAAAUGCUAGGUGAGAUCCAAUUUUCUUCUUUCGAGUCCCUGGAGGAAUUGUCCAUUGCUUGGUGUGACUUGUUUGGAAAGCUAGUUGAUGUGGGGGAAGCGGGGCACGAUAGCAAGGAGUCUGCAGAUGAGUUGAUUGGUUGUGAAGGGAGCCUCAUCCUUCCAUCAAGAGCCUUGAAUAAGUUACGAAGUUUCCAACUGAAUGGUUCCUAUGUGAUACGCAAGAUUCAAGUCGUCGGUACAUCGGAAUCAUGGGAAAUCUUUGAUCUUUGGUAUUGUCGAUUUGCUCAAAUUCUCGGUGGUUUGUCAAACUUAAAGAACCUCAGGGAAUUAUCGCUCUUUAACAAUGAGGAGCUACGGGUUGUCGAGGGUCUAAACGAGCUAGAAUUUUUGGAUGAAUUGCAAGUUGAUGGCUGCAUAUCAUUGGAAAGCUUGAUUGAUGUAUCAAGCACCAAAUUGCCAUAUACUUGUGACAUACGUAUCUCCGGUAGAGGUGAAGACUUUCGGGGCUCCCUCUUGUCUUACAAGCACCAUAAGGUGAAUAUGACUCAACUUGCUCUCUCUGUCUCUCUCUCUCUCUCUCUCUUGAGUCACAUUACUCAUUAUGGAAAUCAGUUUUGUGAUUUGAACAGGAACAGGAGAGCCACUUCAAACAGGAACAGGAACAAGAACAGGAAAGCCACGUCAAACGGGAACAGGAACAGGAACAGGAAAGACACCUCAAACGGGAACAGGAACAGGAACAGGGUGGGGGAAGCCACUUCGAACAGGAACAGGAAUUGGAGCAGAGGAGAAGGAACUAAAGCAGAGGAGAAGGCAGGGGAGAUUGUCUUUCCAAUGCCAGAGCUUCAGCAGAUUGUGAUGUUUGACGUCGGUCCACAUCAAUGUACUUUUCCGGUGAGCUCUGAUGAAGGGACAUCAUUGGGAAGCGAGUAUCAAGUGUUCUUGAGCUUCAGAGGACCCGACACUCGCGUUGGAUUCACCGACGUCCUUUAUCAUAGCUUGACUGAUGCUGGAAUCUGCGUCUUCCGAGACGACGAAGAGCUUCGAGUCGAUGAAAGGAUCGACCAAUCGCUUCUGCGAGCCAUUGACAAUUCGAGAAUCUACAUACCCAUCUUCUCACGAACCUAUGCUUUGAGCCAAUGGUGCCUCCGAGAACUCGCACAGAUCGUGGCGAACACCUUUAAAUCAAAAGGUAAUAAAGAGAUCCUACCUAUUUUCUUCGAUGUGGAACCUCAUGAUGUUAAGUUAAAAACUCCAUUGGAUCGCGAUGCGAUAUUGAAUUUGGAGCACGAGAAGAAGUUGAGCAAUGAACAAGAAGAUGUGUGGAGAGAGGCUCUCAUGGAGGUCGAUGCCAUAAAGGGGUGGGAAGUGAAGAAGCACAAAGGGUGA